AUGUCAUUCUUGGAACUGGUGCUUGUCUCACUCCUGAAACUGGUGCCUUUGUUAUUCCCGGAACUGGUACCUUUGUCACUCCUGGAACUGGUGCCUUUGUCACACCUGGAACUGUGCCUUUGUCACUCCUGGAACUGUGCCUUUGUCAUUCCUGGAACUGGUGCCUUUGUCAUUCCUGGAACUGGUGCCUUUGUCACUCCUGGAACUGGUGCCUUUGUCAUUCCUGGAACUGGUGCCUUUGUCAUUCCUGGAACUGGUGCCUUUGUCAUUCCUGGAACUGGUGCCUUUGUCAUUCCUGGAACUGUGCCUUUGUCAUUCCUGGAACUGGUGCCUUUGUCAUUCCUGGAACUGGUGCCUUUGUCACUCCUGGAACUGUGCCUUUGUCAUUCCUGGAACUGGUACCUUUGUCACUCCUGGAACUGUGCCUUUGUCUCUCCUGGAACUGGUGCCUUUGUCACUCCUGAAACUGGUGCCUUUGUGAGUCCUGGAACUGGUGCCUUUGUUACUCCUGAAACUGGUGCCUUUGUCAUUCCUGGAAUUGGUGCCUUUGUCACUCCUGAAACUGAUGCCUUUGUCAUUCCUGGAACUGGUGCCUUUGUUACUCCUGGAACUGGUGCCUUUGUGAGUCCUGGAACUGGUGCCUUUGUCACUCCUGAAACUGGUGCCUUUGUCAUUCCUGGAACUGGUGCCUUUGUUACUCCUGGAACUGGUGCCUUUGUCAUUCCUGGAACUGGUGCCUUUGUUACUCCUGGAACUGGUGCCUUUGUUAGUCCUGGAACUGGUGCCUUUGUCAUUCCUGGAACUGGUGCCUUUGUCAUUCCUGGAACUGGUGCCUUUGUUACUCCUGGAACUGGUGCCUUUGUGAGUCCUGGAACUGGUGCCUUUGUCACUCCUGAAACUGGUGCCUUUGUUACUCCUGGAACUGGUGCCUUUGUCACUCCUGAAACUGGUGCCUUUGUCAUUCCUGGAACUGGUGCCUUUGUUACUCCUGGAACUGGUGCCUUUGUGAGUCCUGGAACUGGUGCCUUUGUUACUCCUGGAACUGGUGCCUUUGUGAGUCCUGGAACUGGUGCCUUUGUCACUCCUGAAACUGGUGCCUUUGUCAUUCCUGGAACUGGUGCCUUUGUCACUCCUGAAACUGGUGCCUUUGUCAUUCCUGGAACUGGUGCCUUUGUUACUCCUGGAACUGGUGCCUUUGUCACUCCUGAAACUGGUGCCUUUGUCAUUCCUGGAACUGGUGCCUUUGUUACUCCUGGAACUGGUGCCUUUGUGAGUCCUGGAACUGGUGCCUUUGUCACUCCUGGAACUGGUGCCUUUGCCACUCCUGGAACUGGUGCCUUUGUCAUUCCUGGAACUGGUGCCUUUGUUACUCCUGGAACUGGUGCCUUUGUGAGUCCUGGAACUGGUGCCUUUGUCAUUCCUGGAACUGGUGCCUUUGUCAUUCCUGGAACUGGUGCCUUUGUUACUCCUGGAACUGGUGCCUUUGUCACUCCUGGAACUGUGCCUUUGUCAUUCUUGGAAGUGGUGCUUUUGUCACUCCUGGAACUGUGCCUUUGUCAUUCCUGGAACUGGUGCCUUUGUCACUCCUGGAACUGUGCCUUUGUCAUUCCUGGAACUGGUGCCUUUGUCACUCCUGGAACUGGUGCCUUUGUUAUUCCCGGAACCGGUACCUUUGUCACUCAUGGAACUGGUGCCUUUGUCAUUCCUGGAACUGGUGCCUUUGUCACUUCUGGAACUGUGCCUUUUCCUGGAACUGGUGCCUUUGUCACUCCUGGAACUGGUGCCUUUGUCAUUCCUGGAACUGGUGCCUUUGUGAGUCCUGGAACUGGUGCCUUUGUUACUCCUGGAACUGGUGCCUUUGUCACUCCUGGAACUGGUGUCUUUGUCACUCCUGGAACUGGUGCCUUUGUGAGUACUGGAACUGGUGCCUUUGUCACUCCUGGAACUGGUGCCUUUGUGAGUCCUGGAACUGGUGCCUUUGUGGGUCCUGGAACUGGUGCCUUUGUCAGUCCUGGAACUGGUGCCUUUAUCAGUCCUGGAACUAGUGCCCUUGUCAUUCCUGGAACUGGUGCUUUUGUGAGUCCUGGAACUGGUGCCUUUGUCACUCCUGGAACUGGUGCCUUUGUCAUUCCUGGAACUGAUGCCUUUGUCAUUCCUGGAACUGGUGCCUUUGUCAUUCCUGGAAUUGGUGCCUUUGUGAGUCGUGGAACUGGUGCCUUUGUGGGUCCUGGAACUGGUGCUUUGUUAGUCCUGGAACUGGUGCCUUUAUCAGUCCUGGAACUGGUGCCUUUGUCAGUCCUGGAACUGGUGCCUUUGUCAGUCCUGGAACUAGUGCUUUGA